AUGUCGGCUGCCCGCAAGUGUCGGUUGCCCGCAAAUGUCGGCUGCCCGCAAGUGUCGGUUGCCCGCAAAUGUCCUAGGCUGCCCGCAAAUGUCUCAGCUGCCCGCAAAUGUUUCAGCUGCCCGCAAGUGUGACCCUCCAAAUUUUGCCCGCAAAGUGGCUGCCCGCAAAAAAUUUGCCCGCAAACUGGUUGCCCGCAAAGUGGUUGCCCGCAAGUGUCGCGACGCCCAAAUGCUUUUUUGAUCAAAAAAUCCCGUUCCGGAUUUCUAUCUUAGCAAAGAAGAAAGGGGAUAGGUCUCGUUUUUCUCCAAAUCUCAUCAAAAUCUGUGCGUCGCGUUUUGAUCUCUUGGUCCUUUUAUUACAAAUAGCUUUCAAACAUCCUAAAGAUCGUUUCCAGACGCCUCCAGACUCUCGAAAUGAGACUUCCGUUGUGGUCCGAGCCAAGCGUCAGAUGGCUUGUUGCUACCCCACCCCGAUGGUUUGUUGCCAAGCCCAACAACCCAUGAUUCCCAUGCCAAUGCCUAUUAUUCCUGUCACCGAACGUCCCUCUUCUUGUGAUUGCAUUCGAUUAAGAAUCGAGGUCCAGCAAUGUGAUUGUGCUGGAAUGCAGCAAUCGCAAUGUGGAUGCCAGGCCUCCCAACAGAGUGGGUGCAAUUGCCAGCGGACCCAGCAGAUGGCCGACCAAUGUGGUUGCGGGCCUUUGCAAUAUCAAGUUCAGUGCAAUUCCUGUCAACAGCAGCAGCAACAACAGCCGCAAGUGAUUGUGUUGCAGGCUCCCAGGCAGAAUCAGCAACAAUGUGCGCCUGCUUGUCAGCCCGCUUGUGAACCUCAAUGUGUUCAAGCACAAAGGGCGCAGAUUGUUGUUGUUCAGCCGCAACAACAGCAGCAGCGACAGAGAUGUAUGCCCCAGUGCGAGCCACAAUGCGAUCCACAAUGCAUCAAUAUUUAUAUUCAACCACAAGAGAGACAGCAGGUAUAUAAACAGAGAAAACCUUUUCUCUAACUGUUCUGAUGACUAUAAAAACUAUUCUACUUUAUGUUUAGAGUCAAUCUCAAUGCCAACCGGUCUGCCAGCCUCAAUGUACCCCACAAUGUCUUCAGCAGCAACAAAUGUGUGAUCAGGCCUGCCAACCAAGUUGUCAGAAUAACUGUCAGAACGAUCGGCAAUGUAUGGCCAUGUGUCAGCCAGCUUGUGUGCAAUCUUGUGUCCAGCAAGCUGUUCAAGUAAGGCCAUGUAAUUUCCCUUUUGAUCACGAAUUGAGGGGAUAUUUUCCCCUCAAUUUGUCAUUUCAAAAAGAACCUGUAACGUCCGUCUUUCCAGCGCAACUACAUGCCCGCCGCGCAGCAAUGCCCGCAGAUGUGUCAGCCCACCUGUUCCAGCCAAUGUGUCCAGCAACAGCAGAUCUGUCAGUCAGCAUGUCAGCCAUCUUGUCAGAGUACCUGUCGCGACAAUAGUAAAUGUGUUCAACAAUGUCAACCGAGCUGUGAGAAUGCUUGUAUGGAACAAGCGAAGGAUCUGAGUAUUCAAGUUGUCAUCAUGUCCAAUGACCGCAAUGAUCGUAACAAUAACCAGCAGCAAUAUUGUCCGCAGCAAUGUCAGCCGGCUUGCCAGCCACAAUGUAUGCAACAAAUGCAGCAAGUGCAACAACAAUGUCCGCAGCAAUGUCAGCCCUCCUGCUCGCCCAGUUGCAUCAUCCAAAUCCAGCCCGUUCUCCCAGCACCCGCUCAGCAAUGCCCCCAACAAUGUCAGCCAAUCUGUUCGCCCUCUUGCACACAACAACCUCAAAUGAUUUGUAUGCAGCCAUGUCAGCAGCAAUGUCAGCAGAGUUGCAACAACAAUAAUAUGUGCAUGCAGUCAUGCACGUCCAACUGCAUCCAACUUUGUGCCCCUCCCAUGACGACCAGUGAAAUGCCUCCGGUCAUUUUGCAACCGAUUAUUACAACUACGCAAGCACCUUGCAUGCAGAUGUGUGCGGUAAGAAGAACUUUAUACUGUAAAACAAAUCUAGAAAUGCCUUUCAACUUGAAAAAUUCGAAAACACCACAGCUCCUAUAAAGAACGCUCGCUUACCCAGUGUUCGAUUAGCUCAGUGGUAGCGCGUUUGGUUUGAAUUCGAAAGAUCGCGGGUUCGAUUCCACGGCCAUAUCUUUGAGGUUUUACGUUUGAAAAAUAAGUGUAAAGUCGAAACAGGGUGGCCAAAUCGAAGGCUAGUGAAAGUUCGAAGAGUAAGCGAGUGGUUUAUGGCGUGAAACUUCAAAGCUUUCACAUAUUUUUUGGAUUUUUUGAGCUGGCAGAGAGUUCGUUGAUAAAUUGACGAUUUUACUCAAUUCUAAAGACAAUGCCCAAAGACUGUAGCUCGCAGUAUAGCCACUAAGCAUCGUAAACAAUUUGUGGUUUCCCAGUAAUUUUUACUCUUAUCGCCAAUUUUUCAGCCAAUGCCCGUAAUGCAAUGUAUGCCCCAGUGUCAGCCCACUUGUCAACCGGCUUGUAUGCAACAGUUCGAUUCGAUGCAACAACAGGCUCCUACCACCAUCUGUCUGACCAUAAAUCCUCCGUCAAAUUCGAAUCAAGGCUGCUCUUGUGGCCAAGGCUACAUCCAAUGCAAUCCCGGAGUUUGUUGUUUGCGGAGAAGAGCGAGGAAAAUGAGGAAGAUGUAA